AUGGCACCUAAAUCUUCCUCUGCUACGCCUCCCUGUCGCAAGCCAUCCACCCGCAAGCGCCGUCCACCUGCGAGCAUGUCGCCCGAUGCACCAACAGCUCCACCUGCCAACAACGAUCGGCCUUCGCAGCCAUUUAAGCCCGCCCCGAGAGACGAGGUUCUCUCGGACAGGAUUGUCACUAUUCUCGUCGGCCAGCAGAAGAAGAAAUGGUUAAUCCACGAGAACCUCCUCUCCGCCAAGUCCGAGUUCUUCAGAGCAUCUUUUCGGGGUGGCUUUCAUGAGGGCGAGAGCAGCGUUCUAGAACUGCCUGAGGACGAUCCUCGGGUUUUUGAGCUAUUCAUCGGAUGGGCAUACGCGCAACCCAUCAACAAUCUGAAUGCUUCUCCCAUGAAAAUUUUCUCACAGCCCGACGACAAGAAGACCACCGUCCGCGACUAUCUCAACCUGUACCUCUUUGCAGAUAAGUACAUGAUGGAGGAGUUGCAAAACGAGACCAUUGAUGUUGUCUACGACCACUACAAGCUUUCCUGCAAUGAGCCACAUUCCAAGGACAUUGAGCUCGUCUACAACAACACAACCGCGGGAUCCAAGAUGAGAGAGCUGAUGAUAGUUCACUCCGCCUUCCGACUGUUCUCAGGCUCUGUGGUGGUUCGUUACUGGGGGGAUGUUCUGAAGAGCAACUCGGAAAUUGGACAUGAUCUUAUCUUGAUGAUCGGCAAUUGGAGGUUGAAGUUUGGGCAGAAGAUUGACAAGACCCUGCAGCCCGUGUGCCACUUUCAUGUUCACAAGAAGACCGGGCACUGCACGUCCAUCAAGAAGGAAUAG